GGCAGAAAGACCAGGGUUGUUGCGUCGUCUUCGACUGCAGCCUUGCGUGACAACACCAAACCGGAUUCGUGUUUCUGGUAUAGACAUUUUUUCUUCUUCUUCUUCUCGAAGGGGACCAAUCUUAUAUUUACACAUUUCAUCGACCAGUGUAAAUGAACUAUUCUGUUUGGUGUUUUAACUUGGAUAAAAGUUCAGGAAAACCUUCUAAUGGAGGCUUGCUGGGCAAAAUGGCUGGGCUCUCUGAAAUGUGAAACGUACACGGGUCAGCAGUGGUAGCAGAAAUACCUGGCUACGAAAGGGCGUUUUUAUAAUUCCUUAUAACUCGCAGAAAUACCGUUUAUUUUCACCGCUGGGUACAAAACAGUUUUGUAUCCAUAUGCGUUGGGAUUGAAUUUUAUUGCGGAUACCUGCAUAAUUUUUUUCCGACAGUUCCGUGUUGUUUUUAUUUUCCUUCCCCCAAAACCCGAUUGCUGCUUGACUGAUUUGGCAUUGUUACUGCGGUCUGUUAUUGUCUCGUCUUCAGCUGUGGAUACUCUUCACUGUUGGAUGGGAACUGACGAACAACAAUAUAUAAACGAAGCAACAGCCGACCGAACACAUUUCAGAAGUUUGCUUUGGUAAAUACCCUCUAAAUAAACCUGCAAUCAUGGGUGAAUUCCUGAAAUACAUCGACUACGAUCACAAGACCAGUUUCCUGAAGAUGUUGAACCAGCAGAGGAUGGAAGGGGACCACUGUGACGUUGUAGUUGUGGUGGAAAACGUUGAGUUCAGAGCUCACCGCUGUGUCCUGGCCGCCUGCAGCAUCUACUUCAAGAAGCUGUUUAAAAAACAGAACGAUGUGGACAACUCCAUCGUGGAGCUCGACUUCAUCCGUUCAGACAUCUUCGAGGAGGUCCUCAAUUACAUGUACACCGCCAGGCUCGCCGUCCGCAAAAAGGACAUCAACCUCAUGAUGUCAUCCGGACAGGUCCUGGGGAUCACGUUCCUCGACAACCUGUGUUCGCAGAAACGCGAGCCCAACAUGAAGCCGAGUCGUGAGAACCAGGCGCCAGGGGACGGUAUGAGAGCCCAGGACGCCAUCCUCAAAGAGCUGGCCAUGGAGGAGGUGAGGAAGAACAGCUUCUAUGAUGGAGGGAUGGAGGCCAUGGGCUCUGGAGGGCCUCACGGGGUCCCUCCUCACUUCGGCGGGAACAUGUCUAAAGACCCCCACAGCGCCCACGGCUGGACCUCCUCUUCCUCCUCCUCCAGCGAUAUGAAGCUUGACUACCUGCUGUACGGCCACCGCUCUGACGGCAUCCACCCGGGAAUGAAACCAGGCGGAGACGGCCCCAAGAAAGACAAGUCCCACCUGGCCCACCGUCCGUUCGCUUGUGAGGUGUGCCCCAAAACCUUUACCACCCAGGCCCACCUCAAAGAGCACCUGAAGAUCCACACGGGCUUUAAACCGCACCGCUGCCUGGUCUGUGGCAAGGCGUUCAUACGAGGGCCCGACUUAAAGCGGCACGAGAGGGUCCACAGCAACGAGAGACCCUUCGGAUGCCAGAUGUGUGAAAAGGCCUUCAAGCACAAGUCCCACCUGCGAGACCACGAGCGGCAGCACAGAGGAGAGAGGCCCUUCAACUGCGGCUCCUGUGACAAGGCGUUCAUCAAAGCGUCCGACCUGAAGCGCCACUGGAACACGAUGCACAGCCAGCGCAGAACGCUGUCCCCCGCAGCCGCCACCACCGCCGCCCCGGGCAGCAUCCAGGGAGACGCCGACACGCAGAGCCAGAGGGACUGGAAGCUAGAGGCUGGGCCACAUUCGUAAGGACGGACUGUUACACACACACACACACCAUGCGUAUAUAGUGACACAUACAUGCACUAACACUCAUGAAUACACAUGUACACACACAAGCACCCAUAAACACAUGAAUACUGGCCCUGUGAUAUGUACUGAGGUGUAACAAUGAGAAGAUGGUGGGAUCAUACCGUGUCCAUUACUGUAAUGACAUAAUGGUCAUGUAGUAAAUAUGAUCCUAUUGAAUUGUAUUUUAUUGAAUUGUUUAGGUUUUUAUUUUUUUCCCCACUUCAUGUAGGAAAAAAUAAUAAUAAUGUUUAGGCUACUAUCUACUACGACGUCCAUUCAUGUAUAUUUUUCACAUUUAAAAAAAAAAAGAAAAAAAAAAAGAAUUGUUGCUAUUUA